UCCCUCCCUGAGAGCUGAUUGGUCAGUUCUUACACCUUGGGCAUAAUAUACAAUAUUGUAAGCGCACGGGGGCCACACGUGGAGCUCGUUGUUCUACCGGCCGGCUGGAAGAAGCGUGGUGUGCGGGAAAGGAAGCAGAAGCAGCAGCGUCAUGUUACUGGCGGCGCAGGGACCCUUCAUGGAUCGCCAUCCUAAGGCUUCUCUGCAGUGUUACUAUAGGAAGCCGGGCGGCGGCGGCGGCGUCCAUCACUCCGCGUCCUCUGCGGCUGACGAGCAGGGGAACAUCACCCCAGUAAAAGAACCAUUCGAGAACUGCUACCAGGUGGGCCCGGUGAUUGGCACCGGCGGCUUUGGCACAGUCUAUUCGGGAGUCAGACUGGCAGACAAAUUGCCCGUUGCCAUCAAGCAUGUGUCAAGGGACAGGAUUGGAGAAAUGAAGCACAUGAAUGGGACCUUGGUUCCCUUGGAGAUCUACCUCCUGAAGAAAGUGUCCACCGGCUGCCGAGGAGUGAUCCGUCUCCUGGACUGGUACGAGAGGCCGGACGGCUUUAUCAUAAUCAUGGAGCGGCCGGAGCCCGUGCAGGAUCUCUUUGACUUCAUCACAGAGCGAGGGGCCCUCGGCGAAGACCUCGCCGCCAACUUCUUCCGCCAGGUGGUGGAAGCCGUGAGGCACUGCCACUCCUGCGACGUGGUUCACAGAGAUAUCAAAGACGAGAACAUUCUUGUAGACCUCAGGACGGCAGAGCUGAAGCUGAUCGAUUUCGGCUCUGGUGCCUUGCUGCGGGAUGCUGUUUACACCGAUUUUGACGGUACACGUGUCUAUAGUCCUCCAGAGUGGAUCCGGUUCCACAGGUACCACGGACGUUCUGCCACUGUGUGGUCCCUGGGCAUCUUGCUGUAUGAUAUGGUCUGCGGCGACAUCCCCUUUGAACACGAUGAAGAAAUUCUCAAGGGAAAGAUCCAGUAUCGCUGCAGGGUGACUAGAGAAUGCAAGGAUUUGAUUGAGUGGUGUUUGUCCAAGAGACCCUCUGACAGACCUUCCCUUGAGCAGAUUCUGUCCCAUUCCUGGAUGACCCAGGAGCGUCUUCUAGACCAAAAGGACAAUAAAGUGUCUAGGAAAGUGGACCAAGAAUCAACCAACACAAGUCAGGAGAGCCUCUAAUCUCAUACAGAGACGCUCGAUGAGCGAGACAGGAAGGAUCUGUCGCAGUCCCGGUUGUGAAUGGGCUGGCGUGGGCUUGUGUGUCCAGCCUUACAAGCUUGGAUUCCCGGUGGGAUGGAAGGAGCUGUCCCACCAGAGUGUGACAUACUUGUUGGGGGUCUUAAAGAAGGGACUUUAUUUUUUCUUUUCGUACCUAGAAAAAUGUGGUGACCUCAGACUGUGGACUUAUUCCAGAGACCUCUCGCUUUCCCAGUAGACUUGACGGGGGAAGGAUGUGAGCAGGCGCAGUGGGUCGAGGGGCGGGUAGCCCUGGAUGCCAUUGUGCGGGGGGGUUUCACUAGUAAGACUAUCCAUAUCCGCUGUAUUGGGGUUGAUUAGCUGCAGUUUACACUUGACCUCUUCAAUGUUUGUUUUGAGUUCGCCUCCAACUGGAACCAGUUAUCCUGCAUUGACACUAAUUUUAUACAUGGACCAAGCAAUAGUUGAUAUCGGCGAGCGGUCAGCGGCCAUUCUUGGCCGCAAAUCCAGACUGGUUCCUGCUGUGGCUUCCAUCUUUAAGAGCCAAGUACAUUGCAAGAGAGGUCAUAAGGUUAAGUGGAUAAUCUUGAAAACCCAGGCAGAAUUGGGUUAGGCUGCAGAGCGGAGCGUUAAUAACCAACAGGUUGUAGGGGCCGAAAGCAAUUUUGGCUGCAUGUAAGCCAAGUACCCUGCAAUUUUUUUUUUAUUUUUGUCGAAUUGGGAUACCCUUGUCUUAAAAAAAACAAAACAAACUUUUUUUAUAUAGAGCAAACAACCUUCUCACUGCUCUAAAAGGGGACCUGCACCAUAAUGUGGUAGUGAGGGGGUUAAUUGAAAGGCUUCCUCGGAGGAAAAAAAAAAAGUGAUAGUAGGGUUAGAUGUCCCCAUACUAAACAGGGCAAUAUUUGUGUGUUGCAGGAGUCGGCAACAUCAGGCUCUUUGGCUGUGGAGGAACUGCAACUCGCACAAUGCAUAUUUCUAUAAAAGUGAAUGGAGCACGCUGGGAGUUGUAGUUUCACAACAGCCGGAGUGUCGGAGGUUGCUAUCGCAUAGCAGUAACUGCCCAUUGCAAUUUUUUUUUCUUUUUCAAACACCUCCAUGUCACUGAAUAUUUUACAUGUCAUUUUUUUUCUUACCUGGUUCUAAUCCAUGUUUAUAAAUACUCCCUUUUUGGUCCAGAAACUUUUGUACUGUUUUGAGAUUUCAAACCAGAUUGUAAGAACGGAUGUGCUCGGAUCAGUCGCCCUUUUAAGGGUCACGUCGGGUUUGCCCCCAGCUCUAUAGGACUUAGUUCACAUGUGAUACUCCAUAGACAUCGUAGCCAGUAAAGGUAUGCAAGUAUUGCAUUGUAAUCCCUCGUCACAUCAUGCUUUCUACCCACGGUAGAUGGGAGGUGAUAUGAGGAGGGAUGAGUAUGCUGCUGCUUUUUGAUCUUCUGUCGAUUCUCGCGCCAGGAGGCGGAGAUGAGUUUACAGUUGUCGGACCUCCAAAAAUAAAAAUUGACUUGCUCUGUACAAAGAGCUUGCUACAAUUUCAAAUGCACACUUGCAUACCUAUCUAGCACACAUAAUGACACAUGGGGAUUUUAUAUUAUAUUUUUUUGUAAAUUAUAGAUUUGAUUAUCCCGUGGGUUGAUUGUGUCUUAAAUCCUUACACCAAGCCUAAUCAUUCCCACACUGAACAAAAAAAA